GCCUUUGGAUCAACCUCCAUCGCCAGUAUCUAUUCGCAUCCCAUGGCAUCUCCUACUCCUCCUGGUGAGCGUCCUCGCUCCCAGGACCUUUCUGCUCCAGAGCCCUCCCAGAAACCUGAAGAGCCUGCGGUCGCCCAGGAAAAGGCGGCCGAAGAUGCUCCUGGCGUCCGCUUCUCUGCUGCCGUCCAGGAGAUCUCACCUACCGAACCCGCCGCUCCCGAGCAGUCGUCAUCGAGCCCAGAACAGGAGGCCCCGUCGAGCUCCUUCACAGAGGUCACCGCCGACCAACUCAAAGCUUUCACCAAAUCACUCCACGGCCGACCUCUCCAGGAAGUUCGUCUGACCAGCUGUCAAUUCGAGCCCUUCUCUCUUCCACCGUCCAGAGUCCCGUCUCAUGAAGAUGAAUCGGGUCAGUCCACAAGACUGCCCACCCCUACCUCGGCCAACUUCCAAUCCACACACAGCAGCCCACGACUUUCUGCAUUGGCGUCUCCUCCCCUGACUCCCGCAGGAUCCGGUCAAGCUAGUACCGAACGGAAGCCCAGGGAAGGGUCGGCAGCGAACGAACCCCCAAUUAUCACCCCUCAACCAUCGUCUUCGCACGAGAAGCCCACGCCAGCUCCUGACAGGAGACCCUCUACACACCGAGCCACCUCGGAUCAUGAGGUUCGUAGAGCUUCGUCAGCCGAGGAGCAGCACAAGUCCCACCGUCGGGGCAUGUUUGGUGUUGGCCCCGGGUCUGUGCCUGUUUCCAGAGAAUCCAGCCCUUCUCGAAGCUCAGCAUCCAACUUCUACUCCAAACCAGUCACCCCUGGUGGCGAUAUCAACGACCCUUAUGCAAAGAACCGCCGGCCCGCACCCGCGCCACAUGCGACCAAAAACUCAAUCGACCCCAGGUUUAUCUUUUCUAGGAAGAAGAAACACAGCUCGCCCCAUGGAUCCAAGUCAAACGUGAACGAGAAGCGUGCUUCGUCAAUUUUUGGAAGUGCCAAGAACAGCACUGAGGACCUUUCGCACAACGAUAGCGCCGCCACUGGUAUCAUCCACCCAGGUCAUGGCUCUAUGGCAGAUCUGAAGCGCUUCUUCCGGAAGUCAGGCCAUCAUCACAAAAAGAGGGACUCUUCCCCAGCGCCAUCGAUCAAGCUGGGAAAGUCGCCCCUGGCUUCCAGGUCCACUCAGCAGUUGCCUUUUGGAGACGAUCAUGGGUUGUCUUCCAAAUACGGCAAGCUCGGCAAGUUUCUGGGAUCUGGUGCCGGCGGUUCGGUACGAUUGAUGAAGCGCAAGGACGAUGGUACUGUGUUUGCUGUCAAGGAAUUCCGCGCAAGGCACACAUACGAAACCGAGAAGGAGUACAACAAAAAGGUCACGGCCGAGUUUUGCGUUGGAUCGACUCUCCACCAUGGCAACAUCAUCGAGACGUUGGAUAUCUUGCAGGAAAAGGGCAGGUGGUACGAAGUCAUGGAGUACGCACCGUUCGAUCUGUUCGCGAUCGUUAUGACCGGUCGGAUGUCUCGGGAAGAGAUAACGUGCUGCUUCCUGCAGAUCCUCAAUGGCGUGACAUAUCUGCACAGCGUGGGCCUUGCUCACCGCGACCUCAAGCUGGACAAUGUGGUUGUCAGCAGCAAGGGCAUCAUGAAGAUUAUCGACUUUGGUAGCGCCCAUGUCUUCAAGUACCCCUUCGAGACUGACACCGUACCCGCGAAGGGUAUCGUUGGCUCUGAUCCUUACCUCGCCCCUGAGGUUUACGACUCCAAGGAGUACGAUGCCGUGGCAGUGGAUAUUUGGUCACUGGCCAUUAUUUUCUGCUGCAUGACUCUGCGCCGAUUCCCUUGGAAGCUGCCGCGUAUGACGGAUAAUUCAUUCAAGCUGUUUGCGGCGGAUCCAACUCCUGGGCAUGAUCCGAAGAAGCUGAUCGUGCCCUCCAAGUCAACGAACGACCUGACCACCACCCCGGCACGGGACUUCUUGGCUGAGGAUGAAGUAAAGCGAAAGUCUCAUCAUGAGCGAAAGGAGGAGACGAGUGCGCAGCCAUCGGCUUCUACGGGUGAUUCCAAGGCACCUGCCUCUGGAGGCGACAAGAAGGAAGUCAUCCGAGGCCCGUGGCGCAUUUUGCGGCUACUCCCGAGAGAAAGUCGACAUAUCGUUAGCAGGAUGCUCGAGCUCGACCCCAAAAAGCGGGCUCGAAUGGAUGAGAUCCUCCAAGAGCCGUGGGUUGCCGACACGGUCAUCUGCCAGCAGUUCGACCACGGCGAGGUGGUGCCGGCCGAUAAUCACACUCACAUCUUGGAACCGCCGGCUAACCAGCAGCCGGAGAAGAAGUAA